GGGCUUCAGUUCUUUUUAGCUCCGCUCCGGGUCGAGUCCGUUCUGAUUUCGCAUAGAAUAUCUCUGAUUAUCGUGUGCCCAAGGAUCAACCAAAGGGCCAAAUAUCGCCAACUGUGGCUGACGGUGUUGUCAAUCGAAGUCGAGCGCCGAUUGUAGUGUACGAGCUGUAGAAUUUACUCGGUUUUCGUGGGAAAGUGGCUUCAAGGAGACAUGUUGCCUGCCACCUUCCACCCAGCAUCCCCACCUGGAGCCCAGUAGAGCCGUCCCGCUCGCACACAGCUUGCAAUCGAUAACCUUAACAGAGGGCUGCCCACUCGACGGCUCCGCAGCGCAGCGAGUAGAAUUGUCUAAAUGUUAGCUCCGACGAGAGUCGAGACGCUGAAAUAAUCGCAUUCGCACGACCGGCGAGUGCUGGCAGCGGAUGUUUGCAGACCCUUUUUAGUCGUCGCGCCGUUCGUUUCGUUUGUUCCGCUCCGCUCCGCACCGUUUCGUUCCGUUCCGACCCGAUCCGAACCGUGAAUAAGUGAGGCAAAGUGUGAAUAACUUGUGAGUUUUGAACACUUUAACGAAAUUGGAACGAGGAUAAAAUCCGUUAAUGUCCAUCGCGCGAAAUGAGGAGACAGCCGCUCCAGCGAGGAGGAGGAAAUUCAUAAAUGAAAGCUCCUAAUUGCCGAAGAAUGACGGACUAAGGGGAACAAAAGCAGAGCAAACUUUUCGGCCACAAACAUCAGCAGCGACAGCGGCUGCGGCAGCGGCAGCGGAAUCGGUGGAACCGCGAAAAUUGUGCCACCGCAGAGGAAGCGCAGAGGAUGCUGUUAAUGCCCACAUCGUGUGGGCCGGGGCCACCCGCGGGCCCCAAUGGCGCGGGAGCUGAUGGCGGCGGCCCAGCGGAGGUCGCCCGACGAAGGACGGCGGCAUCGGGCAGUCCCAAAUGGCUGCUAAUGCUGCUGAUGCUCUUUGCCAUUCUCGCCCGGAUGCCGCACAGCCAGGUGGCGGCUGAGAAGAGCAAGCACUAUUACAUGCAGUCGCUGUGCAAGAAUCACUUUCUGCAGCAGCUCUACCGUAAGAUCGACGGAGCCGUACUCUGGUCGCAGAACGAGCGCAAUCUGGACUGCAUCAUCACGUUCCAGACGCACUCGGUGCUGCAGCGCUUCAUGCUCCGCUUCGACAUGCUCCAGCUGGACUGCAACGACCACCUGCUGGUCUACGACGGAGCCCAUGCCGUCUCCACGCCCAAGAUCGACAUCUCGUGCCGGAACACAAAGAACACCGUCAAUGCGCUGCUGACGCGCACGAAUUUCGUGACCCUGAAGUACGUGACCGACGGCUGGGGCACAGAUGUGAACGGCUUCAAGCUGGUGAUAACAUCGGUCAAGGAUCCCAAGCACACCUGCAAGGACUUCACCUGCGCCACGCGCGAGUUCUGCAUACAUCCGGAUCUGCUCUGCGACGGCGUCAAUCACUGCGGCGACAACUCGGACGAAUCGGUGCAGAACCUCUGCCAGAGCGAGGCGAGCAGCACCGUGUUCGGAAUGGACAUGACCUGGUUCGUCCUAAUCGUUGUCGGCGUCCUGCUCGUCCUGAGCGCGCUCAUCGUGGCCGUGGCCAUCUGCGUGUGUCGGCGCCAGGACGAGAAUGCCUCCAACCAGAACACCGCUCUCCAGCUACACCACAAUGCGGACACAAAUGGGUCGUCGAAACAUCUGCACUACCAUGGCAUUAGUGUCGGCGGUACGCUGACGAGGGAGCACACACAACUGCCACCACAGUCGGGAAACUGGCAUCACCCUGCGGGACCAUCCGGGUACCACCGCAUUCCACACAACUACUUGAAGAUGGCCACCAAAGUCCGUCCCAUUUGGUGCUUGGCAAAUUCCGUCAAUUAGGUCAAGAUCUUUCACAAAACUCUGCCGGCCUCAGCCAGACGAACAUUGCCGGCUCCGGCAAUCACCAGAGCGCCAAUGCCGCCAAUGCCGGUGCCGCCCAGAAGGACGAAUGGUUCGUCUAGGACAACAUCUGGCAACAUCGUGGCACGAGGGCACUGUGAAGGAACGGAACCAAUUUGACUUGAGCACAAUAAUCUGUACUUGAAUAAGUAAAAUUAUGGAUAUUUGCAGAGCAUUAAAUGAAGACUGUACGACUAUACUUAACAACAAAACAAUGUGGACAUCACCGCGCAGGGUGUAUUAUUAAGAGAUCUCUAUGCGUACCCAAGCAGAAUCUCGAAAGCGUUGGGCAGGUGGUCGGAGUACACUCCGGCCACUCUGUCGGAUAACCAAUGCAACUGUACAUAGUUUAUAAAUACGAAAAUAUCAUUUAAAGGAUUAAUAUUACAAGCUGGCUAAAAACAGAGACACAGAAAAGAGAACAGAGAACAGAGAAGCCCCAUAUCCCUGAAACGUAUAGGUCGAAUAACUAGGGAGUCCUCGUCUUAAUUUGUUGGCAUUUAUUUACUAGAAUAAUUGUACCAUGCGAUUGUACCAUGUGCUCGUAUCGUAAGAAUAGACAACCAUUACAUUAGACUUCAAUUAUUGCUCUUUGAUUAUCGUCUUAGUUGGCAUUGCGGGUUGCUGCGUUUAAUGUAUGUACAAAAGGACAAGAGUUCUUCAGUUUAUCAUCAGAAUCAUAGUCAGAGGUAGAGUCAACAAUCUUAAGCAUUUAAACCAAACCGUAAGAAGUAUUAAAGAUCAACGAAAACACUGUCAUUGGAAUACAACUUCCGCAAGCCUGGUAUUUAAGGUGUUUUUACAACAAAAAUUAAACAGCAAAAUGGACACAAGAAGGACUCAACAAAAACAAGGGAUGUACAUAGGUAGCCGACAAUAUACAUACAUACAUACAUCAAUACUCGUAAUUAACGAAAAUGCAUAAAGACAUUGCAGAAACAGGAGGAGGAUACUUCUUACUUGCUGUCCACCUGUCCACCUGUUCAACUUCAUAUCCCACUUCCAUUUGUCCACACGAGAGCCGGAGACGACUCUGGAGACUUUCACGAAUCAUCCAAGAACCGAAAAAAACAAACCCAAUGCUAACGGAUAUAUUCUGAGACAUUAAGGACAAUACAGUGAAAACUUUUGCUUUUGAUACAACUCAAUUGAGAACACAAGGGACAUGCGAGUGCAUUUGUAACCUACAGAAGAGUGUCCGAAUCGAAUAAAAUUUUCUACAAUCAACCAGAGAACCAGAGGAAUUCUACACUAAAUUAAACAAAAUAAAACAAAACAAAACAAAGUACAUACACAGAGAGUUGAACAUUUUGCUACAAAAUCGAAUGAUAACGAUCAUAUACUUAUACAUAUUGACGAUGCAAUGGAAUGGAAUGGAAUAAAGCUCGAGAAAAACCAAAACUAAAAUGCUUCAAAAUGAUUGUAGUACUUCCCGCCGUUAAUAUUUUUUUAAUAUAUCAUACAUACUACAAAUACAAACAAAAACUAAUACAAAAUACAAAUACAAAUCUAAAUAAUAAUACUUAUCCUAAGAGCCGUACGUAAGAGCCCCUUUCCGCUGCUAGAAUUUGUCUUUCAAAAUAUGUACUUCCAUAGGCCGGCCAGUUAGCAAGCCCCCGAGUUCUUUAUGGUUCUUCAAUCUAAUUUUCUGAAACACACAAAAACCACAACAACCAAAACAACCAAUCAAAUUUGUUCGUUUGCUAAUAGAGAAAAUUCAACUAGAAAUAUCCGAAAGUAAAUGCUAUUCCAGCGAGUACCGUACCACGACAAAUCGGAGGGGAUACGGGAAUAAAUACGAUUUUGUCAAAUUAAAUUAGUUUUGUACUUAGCAGUAAUGAAGGCCCCUAAAGCUAAAUUGAAUACCUAGGCACCUAGGACUGCUAGGAAUACUAGGAAUACUACCUAGGCAUAAUUUCCGCUGAAGGUACCAGUUGAUCAGUUAUGUAUCUUAACUCUCGUUUUGCCCGUGCGUCUUAUAUAAAUCUAUAAUCGUAAAUUAUAGCAAAAUGGUAUUAUGAUAAAUUGAAUUUUUAACCAAAAUUAUAAGCAAAUUGUAUUAGGCGUCAAAUUUUAGAAACGAAUAAAACCGAAACGAACAAGGUACAUGUUGAAUAUGUAUGUGUAUGAGCUAGGACUACUUUCAUUUCAUAUACGGAAACAAGUAAAUCUAAUAAUAACCUAAUGAGACGAUAAUAAGCGAUACAACAUUAUAACUGAAUAACCACAAAGCUAUUUUAUGCAAUACAGGAAAUAUUGAAUACAAUACUGAAUACCGAAUACCGAAUACUGAAUACUGAAUACUGAAAAUUAUGCGUCAAGUCAAGUAAAAUGUUUAGGCAAACGAUUGUAAUUGUAUUGUAAUAUCGUAACCGUAACCGUAACAGUAACAGUAAUCGUAACCGUAAUCGUAACCGUAAUCGUAAUCGUAAUCGUAAUUGUAAUCUUAAUCGCAUGCCUACUUCUCACUGGUGAAAAUCGGCCUAGAUCAUAUCGUUAUCGUUCAGUACGGUGUCGGUGUCGUAUAUGAAGUGUAGUUAAAAUAUACAUACAAUACUAUAUGAAGCAUAAAUAUAUGUUAAAUACAAUUCAAUCGGGUCGGACGGAUUCAAUGGCAGAAUGGCAGUACCCACAGUACCCACAGAUCCACAGAUCCACCCUUACAUUUUGUGUAUAUUUACAUGAUGGGCAAAUAGAGGAUAGACGAGGAUAGAGGAUAGGAGGAUAGUGGUGCCCAGGGUGGUGGUGGUGGUGGUGAGAAGAGCUUUCGUUUCCCAAUGUAAAUGUUAAAAUGUGUUAAAAUUAAAUUUUUUUACUGUCUACACUCUCUAACUCUCGAAAAGACUUUGCCGCAAAUCGUCUUAACUUAAAUUACUAUACUAUAUGAAUGUACACGUACACGUGUGUGUCUGUGCACAUAAGGCAUUAGCGACAGUAUACAUAUGUAUUCCCUUAACAAA